AUGAUUCAUGCUUUAGUAAAUAAUGAUCCUGCUAUGGGAGAUUGGUUCCUCUCAUGUGUGUAUGGUUCUUCAUACUUAGAGGAACAACCAGAUCAGUGGAAUUACAUUAAGAAUCUUAGCUCUUCUGUUACUAUACCAUGGGUUCUUAUAGGUGACUUAAACAUAACUAUGAAUAGUUAUGACGGAAACACUAAUGUUAUCUCUACACCUACUGAAGUUCUAGAUGCUAUUAGGCAAUCUGAUUUGCAAGAUUUAGGAUUUAUUGGUAACCAUUUUCCUAACUCUACUCUUAAACAUCUUACUCAGUUGGGGUCUGACCGUGUCCCUAUAAUGCUAUCUCUAUAUUACGUUGUUGGUAGCACAAGUAGAACCUGGAAAUUCUUUGAACAUUGGCUUAGUAAUGACUCUUGCGAAAAUGAAAUAAAAAAGGCUUGGAGUUCUAACAUUUCAGGUUCUCAUGCUUAUAUUCUGACUAAUAAACAAGCAAAUACUAGACAUUUACUGUCUAAAUGGAGCAAGAGUACUUUUGGUCAUAUACAAAACAAGAUUUCAGAAUUGCAACAAGAACUAUCUAUUUUUCAAAAAGCUGAUACACAAGGAAAUGUUACACCUCAAGUUUUACUACUGGAGAAAGAAAUCCAUGUACUCAAUGAAGCUCAAGCUAGUUCAAACAGACAGAAAGCUAAAGACAGAUUCUAUAAUAAUAUGGACUAA